AUGCGUUCUUUCCUAGGAUUUGCUCUCACACUCUUAUCAGUAAUAUGCCUUGCGGCGGCGCAUACAAUUACACUUCCAGCUCAUGUAAAAGAAUGCUUUUUCGAAGAUUUACAUCUUGAUGAUAAAAUGACAAUAACUUUUCAAGUUGGCCAAGGAGGACAUUUAGAUGUCGAUUUUUGGAUAUCAGAUCCUUCCGAUCGUAUUAUAGAAAAUGGUCAAAAACAAACUACAGGGACAUAUAGUAUAACAGCAACUAAAGAUGGUCGAUACACAUAUUGUUUUAGUAAUGAGAUGUCUACAGUUUCUGAAAAGACCGUUAGCUUUAAUGUUCAUGGAAUUGUCUACGUUCCGGAUGAUGGAUCGCACACUGACCCAUUAGAAAAAGAAAUACGUGAAUUAGCUGAUGGUCUUGCUGCUAUCAAAGACGAGCAAGAAUAUAUCGUUAUUCGAGAACAAAGGCAUAGAGAUACUGCUGAAAGUACAAAUGAUCGAGUAAAAUGGUGGUCGAUUUUCCAAUUUUUCGUUCUUUUCGGUGUAUGCUUUUGGCAAGUGUUUUAUUUAAAAAGAUUUUUUGAAGUCAAACGUGUAGUGUAA